GUUUAACAUCAGAAGAUAGUUAUGGUAAUAGUUGUUCAUCAGAUACAGAAACAACAUUACCAGAUGAAUAUACAGACAGAGAUUUGACGUCCAUUCAAAGAUCUCGUCCAUCCAAUGAUGUUCAAGUGACGUCACUAUGUGUCGUCAGUAAAAAUAAAGAUUUGGCACCGACGUCACAUGCCAAACAUCCCCCUGUAUUGUUCUGUGGCGUGUUGCUUCGUGGUAUUAACAAUGAGAUAGACGAUGAAACAGGAAGUGAUGGAAGAAAUGAUGAUGUUCAGUUACUAAAUAAAGUAAAUCGUGAAGUUAGUAGUGAAGCUCAGAUUAUAUCGGAACUAGGUGGUGAUUAUCAGGGUCAAGCAGCAUGUGAUUCUUUUCCACAGUUAUUAGUGGUAUCAGCCGAUAAACCAAUUAUUCGCAAGGAUGUUAAAACAUUUGACAAGAUCAGUAAACCCACUAUGAAUGGUGAGGUGGGAAUUAUCCCCCCUGUUCCUAAUCAUUCAGUGCCUUCUGAUUGGUCAGUAUUUUUAGAAGAUGAACCUUGGCCUGACCCUGAUGUUCAGAUCGUUGGUUUCACACCUCCACCACUACAAGUGGGUCCUAUAGGUAAUCACAUUCCAGGAUCACCGAGUAAUAGCGAGCCUGAUUCGGACAUUAACACCAACAGUGGUGUAAAAGGUUCUGCUCUGUCGGGAACGUCAAAUAAACCCGAUAUCUUGUGUGAUAACUUCGUUAAAACAAGUGUUCAAGCAGGAACCAUAACUCAGUGUUUGCAACUACCCGACGGAUUUAACCAGAAGGGACUGGAAGUCAAGUCUAUAACACCGACGCUAGAUAAACAACAUGUUGUGGUAGUUAUCUCCCCUUCACUUAAUGUGGAAACGUAUAACAGCCAAUCGACCGACGUUGACAGGUCAUACGGUGGAAUAGUUGUAUUUAAAGUUAAUUAUAAUAAUGUUUUAGUUUCUCUCGACAUGACAGCGUGUGCCGAGUGGAGGGCUAAUAACUCACAGGAAGUGAUUAAAUCCAUUCUGAUCCUACCACAGGAAGUGGUUGAUCAGGUGGAAGAAGAGGAUGUUGGGAAGGCCGUGAGAAAGGAAAGUAAACAAACGUUAUUAGGACAAGUUGGUGUGAUUUUAGAAUCGGGAAUUGUUAAUAUAAUUAAUUUAUUAGAUAUGAAUGUGUUGGCUGAAAUUAAACCCAGUGAAAAUGAUGUCUUUCUUUCUUUAACUUAUUGUACAGGUAUUGAGAGGUUGUGUGCUUGUACCCGAUCAGGUAAAUUACAUUUUUAUCAAAUAAGUGAACAAAGUAGUCAUGAUAUACCAGACGGAUGUGUCAAUAAAUUUAGCACUAGAAGUAUAAAAGAGGAUGAGACACAGUUGUCCAGUAAACCAAUAGAAGAUGCAGCAGAUGGCUGUUUGUCUUCAUCUACCAAAUCUCCUUUAAACGUUGAACUGUUAACCAAGAAACCUUUAACACCAGAGAAUUUAUCUGUUUUACGAGGUCUGACAUUAUUUGAGAAUCUGAUGCCAAGAUAUACAGCAACAGUUCCACCAUGUUGGACAGAAAUACAACAGGAACAACAACAGAGGCGACACCCACAACAUUUACAACAACAAGGGGAGGCAACUCAACAUACACGAACAUGGAAAUUAGCAUCUGAUAAUUCUACGUGGGAUGAACAUAUGUUUGAAGUUGUUUUACCGAAACCUUGCUGUGUCGGACAUGUUGAUAUCAAAUUCUCUCUUCAAAAUAUGUGUGCUUCUCAACCGAACAUAGAAAUAACUCUUUUACGGCAGAACAUCGGCAAUAUACACAAACAAGCACAAGAUGGUCCUGCCGAGUCGAGUAAAUCAACUCCCGAUGUUAAAGCCAAGGGCAGUAACUCUGAUAAAAUGUUUAAUCCUGUGAUAUCAAGGGCGUUUUUGGAAAGCCUAAAUGCGGAAAUUUUGUGUGGUCCUGUAAAAUUAUCAAACUGUUUGGAUUUAUCGGGAAAUACCGGAAUUGUGUCUCUUACCAGUCCCCAGCUCCUGAAUUCAAAACCCCGAUCCUUGUUAAUACAUUUAAAGGGAUUUCCAAACAAACCUUCGGAUAAUAAAGAUCCUGUCAAGUCAAAGGACAACAAACGUAAAGCUACUCCGUCAAGUAGUUCCAGCUCUGAUAAAUUAAAAUCCAAAACAAUCAAAUCACUUUUUGAAAAUGUUCCGUUCAUGAAUGGUGCCAGCGCCACAGAACGAUUGGCUGCCACGGCACCCAAUAAAAAACCAUUAGAUUUGAAAGGAUGUGAUUGGCUGGAAGAGCUGUCGAUCACUGUACGUAAGAUGAAACCUACGAGCGUAGCAAGGGAGAGAACUCAGCGUAAUUCUAUGAUAGAUUUACAGAGUUUUCACGAGAAGUUAUUGAAGUUGGUUAGUGGCACAAGUGAAGAAGAUCUGUGUUCCGCUGGACUAGAGCAUGUUAUAAAUAUGUCGUUGGAUAUUUUAUCGUGGAUCGUUGCCAUACAGAUGAAUGAUCCAUGUAAAAGGACUGGUGACCGUUGUAUCGUUCUAUCUACAGAGAAAUAUUUACGUGGUAUAAUUAAAACUUGUAUUAUCGAGGGUACCAGAACAACUGCUCAUAAAUGUUCAGCCAUGUUAGCUAUUAGUAUUGAAUAUGCAAAAGUUUCUACUGACAUUGAUAUGGCACCAAACUUCAGUUAUCAAUUACUCCAGGCGAUGUUGGAUUGUCUGCCCCUGGUGGCGUGUACGUCAUCAAGUGGCGCCAUGCAGUGGUUCUUUACUCUAUUCAACCAUGUUAAAUGUAUGGACGUGGCAACUGUAUCAAAAAAAUGUAUGGAGAUUCUUACAGCUGUAGCUAAAUUAUAUGCAGAAAGGGCAUCGCCCCUUCAUAAUCUCUUAAAAACAAGGUAUGGUUUAUACGGUCAUCCCUUUGAUCCUGAUCUCUUUGAUGUCGAACUUCCGGCUAAUUUACGUCAAGGUACACAGGCGUCAACUUACGCCAAUGUUAUCAAAGGUACAGCCUCGACUUCAACCAAUACUAUGCCAGCUGCAAGUACAACAACAGAACCUGAUAUUUACGAAAUGUUAUCUUUACAAGCCGACAAAACCAGCACAAAAAAUCAAAAUGAUUUCUCCCGUAACCAUAACAGCAGUAGCAUGUUGGGAUUGUUAGAAGUUGAACCACUGCAUUUCACUUGUCAUUCAACUAGUGACGGCACUAGGAUAGAACGGCUUGAUGCCAAGGGUAGUACGACAGUUUCCACAACGGUUCCAUUCGGAGUUUCAGGAACAAUAAACUUCGGUGAAAUUCCUCCUACCGUUGUUAUUGGAGGGGGUGGAGCCAUGUCAGCCAUGACAGGUAAUGCAGUAGCUGAUUCGUUAAAGAAACUUGCUCAGAUGUACGCAAAACAACUGCAUCAACCAACUUACAGUACCCAAUUAGAAGCUGCUAUCUGUGAAGCCAUCAACACAAAGCCAUGUCCCUUUCCUUCUACCCCCGAUUUAUUCCCACCAACCCCUAAAUCAACCCCUCAACAGAUGACCCCAUCCGCCACACCCCCAAAUGAAACAUGGCAUCUUCAAGCAGGUGGGCUAUCAAAGCCUGGUGUUGGUGUUAUUGAUGAAACGAAACAGUUAGGAAGUAGUGGAGUACCACAAUCAGUUGGUCAACAGGGUGAUAAAACAUAUAUUAUACCACAAACACCAGCUAUGUUACAAUUACCUACACCACAAGUACUAGUCAUAGAGAGAAUGCAUUCAGGUGCGAGACGUUUUGUAACGUUAGAUUUCGGUAAAUCAGUAUUGAUAACUGAUGUUGUAAUACCUGCUUGUGGAGACCUGGCGUCCUUGUCUAUAGAUGUCUGGAUACAAGGAGAAGAAAUAGAUGGACAGCGAUUGGUUGUGGCAUCAGAUAUAGGAAUUCGAACAUUGAUUAUGAAUAAUAUUAUGCCACCACCUGUCUGUAGAUAUUUAAAGAUAACUACUGUUGGUCGUUACGGAGCUGGUACUACUCGCUCUCGGAUUCCAAUUGGUUCAUUCUUUGGUCAUAGUUACAUAUUACCAUGGGAAUGGAAGGAAAAUAAUGACAACCAGGCCGUUACCACGACAACAUCAACUAGUCAACUUGAAGCUCAAAGUCAGUCGCAAUUAAUAUCGCAGCUUGGCAUGUUUAUAGCUCUCCAAGAGGACUUACAGUGCCGUUAUAGUCUGGCUCGUACAAGACUAGAAUCAUUGCUGACGGCAGUCGAGGUCGUCCAGUCUUCUACAGCACAUGUACAGUAUUAUUUACAGAAACAGAGUAAAGACGAUGAUGGUGGGAUUAUCCAGUCUUAUAAUGAUUGUUUACAAUUACAACUUCAGUACAACCUAGCGAACAGAGCUAUAUCUCGUCUACAACACGCUGUUGGAAUCAAAACAGGAAGUUACGACCAAACGGCAAGUCUUGCUUAUCAUCUGAGAGAAGCAUCGACAGAUAAAUUACGAGUGAUGCUGGAGAGUCUUCUCGACACGCUGUUAAGCAUCACAUCGUUAUCUCCAACUAUCCCACAACCCCCUGCAACACUGUAUACAUCGUUAACACCCCAGACAACGGAAUUGUUGUUUAAGAAUUUGUGUUUGUUGGGUACGAGGAGGAUGCAAGUAACAGCUGGACUCGUGUUGGUUCGAAUAUGUGGCAGUCAGCCGUGGUGGGGUGGUUUCCUUGGUAACAUGUUACAAGAAUUGUUUAGUUCCACCAAUACAGCCGUAUUUCCUCAAGACAGGGUAUUUGUAUUGUUGAGUGCGUUAGGACAGCGAGCAUUAUCCGGACCAUCAUCAGGAUAUAUCAUGGAGAGUUUAUUAGCGAUGUUAUCUCAAGUUCUCUCGCCUUUAUCUCAACAAAAUACAGCAGACGGUGGACAUUCUACAACAGGUCCUCUAGACGUUUCAUUGGUCAGUUGGAUAUUGCUGUUUUUAUGUCGUAAUUUUGAUGGUUCAUCAGGGGAAGAUACGGACAAGAACAGAAAAGAUAAUAGUUCCUGUCUGACCAAUCGCUGGGCAUUUAUACACGGUCACUGGUCGUCAACAUCAACAAAAACUAAAGUUAAAUCCAGUCGAAUCUAUCGUCGUAGCAACCAGAAACUUCUACUGCAUCAUAAACAGAAAUUACUGGAGUUCGAACUAACGAAGAAGAAAUUAUCAGAGAGUAGUAAGGAAGCUCAAGCUCUAUUAAAACAUAAAGAAUCACAGUUUAGAAAGGAAGUGUCACAAUAUACAUCUAAGCAUUUGAAAGAUUUGAUCCAUAUGAGGAGAACGGACAUGGAGAUAUUACGUAAAAUGCCGAAGGAUAGCUCUAGUGGAGUUUGGACGUCAGCUAAAGAUGAUGAUCUAGAAAUGGAAGGUCUUGUUUUACCACGAGAGAAAUGUUUGUCGGUGGUACAUGGUUUAAUGGCGUUGUUACUCGGACUAGAUUCUACUUGUCACUCGGAUUUAUUCGUUGUUGCUGCAAAGGUUCUGGCCAGAAUAUGUAACGUAACACGACCAGCAAUUACUCUGGCAGAAGCAAUGAGCCAGGAUCAAUUAGAACGAUUAAUUCUAUUGGCUGCCAAUCAAGAAUAUCAUGGUAACCUGACAUGGGGAGGUCCGUGGGCUAGUCAUGCUAUUAUGUGUCUGCUACAAGAUAUACUGGAUGGAGAAAGAUUGUAUCCAAGUAUGAUGAGAAGUAUGACAGAAGAUGACGUGACAGUGACAGAGACAGAUGACAGUUUGGCACAGAGUGUCAGUUUACCUACAUUUGAUGACAGUAAUGGUGAUUCGUCCGAAGCUGAAGGUUCACAGAUUAAAGAAAAUGGUGCAACGUUCGAUAAAGAUUCUUCUCUGAUGGUCGAUUUAUUACUGGAUGAUUGUGAAUUAGAUGAUGAAACAAACGAGAAAUUACACGAAUACGUUACUGGUGAAUCUGUGAAACCCCCGCCAACCAAUGAUGGACCGUUUCAAGUUGUUUAUAUGAGUUCUAUGGGUGGAGAAGAGACUUUGAGUAAUGGACUACCAGAAGCCUUGAACUACCAGACAACUAAUUUUACGCCAUAUAAGAAACAUAAAAUGAAAAGUCUAACGAGCAAGAACCAGGAUUAUUUGAAUAUCCAGAAGACUAACGGUGGUUUUCAGGGUUUAUCUACAGCUCUAGAUUCUAGAUUAGAAUUAGGUCUACGAACACAAGCAGAACUAAGAUUAAAGGUAAUGUCGUCUGUUCAGGUGGAUAAUAUACACAGUGCCUUUUCGUCCCCUCUCCCGCCUGCUGGCCACACCCUCUCUCAUAAUGUCAGCCAAUCACAACACUCGACAGAUGAUGAACUAUCAGCAGAAGCAACCAAUUCUAUUAAUCAUCAAUCGAUGUCAUCCAACGAGAUGCUCAGUGAAUGUUUUAAUCGUUUAUUCGGUCAACUGGUGACGAAUCGUGUUAACUUGGAGACAGUCUUACAUCAUUGGCUCAUUCUGAACGAUGAAAGUCACGAGGAAACCAGCGGACAAACUGUUUUUAAUUCUUCGCGUAUUCCCACUAUAACUCUGAAUCCGGCAUCUGUUAGUAAUCUGAUUGAUGCAGUCGUCAUGGCACCCAAUCCACCAGUCAGGACGUGGGUGUUAGUUUUCCAGACAUUAUGUUUAUUAGCCAAUCAGAAAACCCCUUGUGAACCUAGUGUAUCUUCUGCAUCUACGACUCCACAAGAGAUUUCCAUGGUAACUGUGAUACUAGCCAAUAGUAAUUUAAAUCCUUUGUUAACCAAGUUUUUAUCAGGAACCUCGUCUAGUGGACCGUCUGCAGCAGGAGCUCAAUUUUCUCAGGUUGGUCCAUCUGCGGUGAAAUCUUUCAAUGAGUUUUUACGUCGUCUGCUGAUUAAAUCAGGAAGAGAUACAGCGUUAAAGUUAAAAGAGCUGGUCCUUAAAUUGAUCUAUAUUCUAACAGCUGAAAGGGGUGCUUUCUACACAUGUAUAGGUCCUUUAGAUGCUCAAUGUAAAUUAACAGAGUUCGCUCUCGACUUAUCGUACAGUCAGGUGGACGUCAGUAACGCUAUUAGUGUCAUCCAAUCAAUUACUUGCUUAGUUCAUCAACACAUCAUCUGUCAGGAUCAAGUCGCAUGUCGUAGUUCUCUUGAAACAAACAUCAACGCACGGUCGUGUUUCGGGGGUCUGUUUACAAAUUUAUUGCGGGGAGGAGAUUCCCGAUCAGUUCUAGGGGAAUCAUCGCGAGAUUUAUUAAUGUGCAACUUAAUGAAACUGAUUAAUAUUUUAAUACAAGUUCAACUGCCGGGUCGGACUCAACCCCAACGUCAUGACAUCAUUAGUGAACCCUUGACCCCUAUACUGACCGAUGCCAUGUCAGAUACGGACAAACUGACACAAGCCUUAGCGACGUCAACACCGAUGGUGGCAAUGUCAGACGACCAAAAGAGACAGCAGUCGGACGAAGGGGAGACACCUGAAGUCACAACUAGUUGUUUAGCAGAUAUUAUUCUCGGACAUCAUUAUAUUAUGCAGAAUCUGAUUCAGGCCUUAAGUUAUUGUAGCAGUAAUUCAAUGGCCGUUAUUUUAGGAGUUCUUCAAGAGAACUGGACAGGCAAUAAUCCUGUGUCGGUCGGUGAUAGCGUGUAUCAAAUAUUGAUGACGUUGAAUCAGAGGAGUUCAGAUCCUAAACUAAUGUUGCAGGCGAUAUUAGAUUAUAUGUCCCGUGGUUCUGAUAACCGAUGGACAUCACUGUGUCGUCUGUCGGAACCUUUGUUGUGGUUUAUUUUAAAAGUUGUCCAUUCAAUCAGAACAGUCAAACUCUUCCUGGAUAUGGGUGGUGUACAGUUGAUGUGUAAUCAAUUAGUUAAUUGUAAUCAACAGUUGAUCAGCACCCAUCCCUCCAUUAUAUCAACUAUAAUGCAACAUAUAAACAACGCUGGACCAGGUGGUAGUAAAAACGCUAAACUUGAUUCAGCAGAAUCAGAUUCCAGCGUCGAUGGUAUGCAGAACUUCGCUCCUUUAGGUCAGAUAUCAUCAAGUAGUCCGACAGCUAGUCCAGCGGAGGUUUUAAUCCAGGCAGCUCCACCACACAGACGAGCGAGAUCCGCGGCUUGGUCGUAUCAUUUCUAUCCUGACGAAGCAUGGAUAGAUCUGACCAUACAGUUACCUUUUGCUAUAUUAUUACGUGAAGUACAGAUACAACCACAUGCUUCACUCUCUACUUGCCCUUCAUUUGUUUCCUUGGAGAUAUCUCAUGAUGGUGCCAUGGUAACCCCCAUGUGUCCACCCAUGAUGACGUCAAGUUUAGCGUAUAUUAAGUUACAACUCGUCAAACCAGAAGUGAUGUCAACUAUAACAAUACGAUUACAUAAAGCUCGUGAUUCUAUGACGAUUGGUCUAGCUCAAGUAGCGUUGAUGGGUCACUCGGCGUUUGGUAGUACCGUAUCCACGGUUAACAAUAAUCCACAAACUGAAGAUUCAACGUCUAAAUCAAGUGUAUUAUGGGUCCGACUAUUGCACCAUUGUCUUUCAAUGUCUGGAAACGAAGUAGGAGCUGCAGUGGCCGCAUCCCAGACACCGUAUCUUCUACAGACGUGUGUUUCUCUCCUCGUCUCCCCAUCUGCCUGUCUGUAUAACAGUAAAAUAGAAGCUGUGUUAUUGAAGAUAGGAUUAUUAUCGACAGAGUUAGGAUUACAACUGAUUAACUUUAUUUUACGUGAACCUUUCCAACGACAAAAUAGAGGUAUAGAGAAAUCGUAUCUAGGUAAAGUCAGUGGUUACGCUAAUCAAUCAACAGUAGAGAUAUUAUAUCAACUAGGUACCAUACAAGAUACAGGUAGUAGACACAGGGUUUGUGCUUUAUUAGAGUGGUUAUGUGAUUGUGCCCGAAAAGGUAUAGAACGUGCCAACAUGACAAACCGUGGUUUCGCAGGUUUAUAUAGGGGAGAUAAUCCAAGUUCUUUAUCCAACCCGGCACCAACUCAUAUACACUGUAUCGCUGCUAUACUAUGGCACAGUCAGUCGUUACCUGUUCAGUAUGAUCUGAUCGGUUUACUCAAUCAAGAUCUUGUCAGUUGUUUGUAUAAAUGGUCAAUGGUUUUAACACCGGACAGUUUAUUGAAACAGUCUAUAGAUUUCGUAUUGUGUUCAAUUUGUAACAUACAACCUAGUUUCUUCUCUAAUAUUCUCGAAUGGAUGGGAAUUCUCGUCAACUUCAACUCCAGUAUGACCGCAUCCAUCACAGACGAUCGUAAAGACAGUUUUCAAAGUCAUCAACAACCGCUGACAGAUGACACCAAGGAAGCGACACAACAUCCGUUAUCAGACGAUUCAAAAGAAGCCACACGGCAGCCGUCACAUGUAGAUAACUCACCAAUCAGCAUUCAGGAAUUCAAUCCAACUAUUUUAGACGAGAAUCGUUUAGUUACAUUAGGAACCGUGUGUAAAUCUCCCGUAGCCGUUAGACAGUUGUUAGAUUCAGGAUUUCCAGCCGUGUUAGCUCAAGGGUUGUUUGAAUUCGCGAACCAGGAAAUUAGUCUUAUAGCUGAAAGUAAAGCUCCAUCUGCUGCCGGUAGUGGCGCCACCUCACAGAAUAAACCAGCUACUAAUGAUACCUCGUCAGAUAAGAAUUGUAUCAUGAGUGUGGAACUUGUGGCAUCUGUUCUACGACUAUUCGCUACCGUUAGUUCCGAGUCAAUGAUUAAAGAUUGGUUGGGUAGUCCUGAAGGAAAUAUAUUCUGGCCUGUUUUACUAACGGCUCUGUGUAAUAAUCCAGCACAACCACCAUCUAAUAAUACAACAAAUAAACCUAAAGUCAUGUCGACAGAAGAGAGAUCCAUGUUAGAAACGGCUGCUAUACAUUGUUUUAACGAAAUGAUCUCCGUACAUCCAGCCAAUCAACUUCUCUUCGCUAAAGUUUUAUGUGACGUCAUUCAACAUCAAGGUAGUUUAUUAGGUUCCAUACCGUUGUCCGGAUUCACCAGACGAGUUCUACUACAAGUAUUAUUACAGGAUGAGAGAAUACUGGUCGUUCUAAAAUCACCUCGAACUCAGUCGAUAUUAAAGACACCAGGAAUGAGUUAUUUAGUGCAUCACCCUCGUUAUGGAGCAGGUCAAGGUUUCCGUGUGAUGGUCGUUAAUUUAAAUACACAAUGUUCCGAUCUUCUCACUGUUAUACCAGACACCCAGUCUAUAGCAGCUCAGUUAUUUGAAUCUCGAGAUGAUAAAAAAUCGGAGAAUAAAAAAGAUUCUGGUGAAACUGGUCUCGAAGUUGUAGAAUAUUUAUCUAAUGCUGCAGGUAUGUUAGCUAAACAGAAGCGAGAGAAAAGUCCAGCGAGUACGUCUGCUAGCACCAGUAAAUCAUCCGCCCUACCUCCUCGACCUCCAACUAGACGAAGGAGAAAUACUGAAUUUCUGGAUUCCUCAACGCCAUUAAAAUUACCAACAUUCUCUUUACAACAUCAAAUGUUUAACAGUAAAGCGCUCCCAGGGGAGUUAACUCUAUCUCAACUUUUAAAUCUUCUACAACAGAGGGGAUGUCACCAUAGUAACGCUAUAGAAUUCCAGGUGAAGUUAGCUUCCAAUAAACCAAGAUCUCGACAAACCAAUAAUCUUUCUAUGGAUUUAAAUUCUAGUCCCGUUGAAGAUGAAGACGAUACAGUACCUGAUGAAAUACUGUUAACGACAAAUUCAACACCUUCUGCUCUUCAAAUAUUUGCUAGUGUUGGUGGUCUGGCGUUGUUAGCGGAACAUCUUCCGUUACUCUACCCGGAGAUAACACGACAAGCGGCUACAACUGAACCUGUUACAGAAAAUAAUAACGUGGCUGAUAUUGGUCUCGAUUGGGUCACCGUGGAAUCGUCAGAUGAACUUUAUGAUCCGUAUGUAGAACCUGUAUCUCCAGCACCUACCACUAGAGGGCGUCAUCCUGCUGGUACCAUGCCAACCAUACCGCCACACUCCCUGAUAGCUUUCGGUCUGUUCCUACGUCUACCAGGUUAUGCAGAGGUUUUAUUAAAAGAAAGAAAAAAAGCCCAGUGUUUGUUACGAUUAGUUUUAGGUGUAACAGAUGAUGGAAAUGGUGGUCAUAUAUUAACGUCACCUAUAGCCAACUCAUUACCUACCUUGCCUUUCACCGUGCUCAAAUCAUUAUUUGAUGCUACACCAUUAACAACUGAUGAUGGUCUGUUAUUACGUAGAAUGGGUUUAGAUAUCGGGGCUGUACAUCUUAUACUGGCCUGUUUAUCAGUUUUAAGUCAUCACGCACCAAGAGUUUCAUCAGCAGGAUUUCAACAUGAGACCCAGUUGAUUUUAUCAGCUAUGCAGGUAGCAACUAGUAACGGAUUGAACCCAACCCAGGAAAAAACACAGAAUUAUUGGGCUAAAGGUACAGGGUUUGGAACGGGUUCUACCACGUCUAGUUGGGAUGCGGAACAAGCUUUAUUACGACAGAAAAGUGAAGAGGAACAUGUCACAUGUUUGCUACAGGUUUUGGGUAGCUACAUUAAUCCUGGUGGUUUGUUGCCGAAAGAUUUCUCGUUGCCAACGUUUACACCUCCAACCGAGAAAACCUUAUUCCCAGACGUUGUUCCCGAUCUGCUCAGCCAAUCCUGUCUUAUUCCGGCGAUUUCUUCCUAUCUACGGAACGACUCCGUUCUGGAUAUGGCUCGUCAUGUUCCGUUAUAUCGAGCCUUGUUAGAGUUAUUACGGGGAUUAGCCGUCUGCCCCUCCCUGGUCCCCCUACUCUGUCCCCUAGAGGCAGAAGGUAAUCAAGAUACUGCUGUAGCCAUUGAAGUUUUAUUGGAUAAAAUGAAGGGCUGUGUUGAUACUUACGCUAGUCGACUCAAAUGUAAUAAGAGUAGUAAAGGUAAAAUGGAGGAAGAAAGUGAAGGAUUAGCUUUAUUAAUACCUGAUAUACAAGAUACAGCUAGAAUAGUUGGCAUAGCAACUGAUAGAUUAAAACAACAACAAGUUUAUCAGAGAGAGAAAGUAGGAGGAUCAUCUAUUGGACCUGAAGCCAUCAUAAAACAAACACCAGAAGAAAAAUACAUGAAAUCUAUGAAAGAAUUACAGUUUGACACGUUUGAAAUGGUAAUAGAAGAGGGAAAUGGAAUCAAGUUUAUCGUACCACAUCAUUUCGAGUCGAAUGUUAAAAGCUCAGGAGAAGCGAAUAAUGCGAGUCGAACACGACGAUUAGCUCAAGAAGCUGUGACGUUAUCAACAUCACUGCCUCUAUCGGCUAGUAGUAGUGUGUUUGUCAGAUGUGAUGAGGAUAGACUCGACAUCAUGAAGGUGUUGAUAACAGGACCAGCAGAUACACCUUAUGCUAACGGCUGUUUUGAAUUCGAUGUUUAUUUCCCCCUUGAUUACCCUGAAUCGCCACCCUGUAUAAAUCUAGAAACCACCGGCAACCAUACUGUUAGAUUUAAUCCUAAUUUAUAUAAUGACGGCAAGGUUUGUUUAAGUGUUUUAAAUACGUGGCACGGCCGACCAGAAGAAAAAUGGAACUCUCACACUUCUAGUUUUUUACAGGUGUUAGUGUCAAUACAGUCGUUAAUUUUAGUAAAUGAACCAUAUUUUAAUGAACCGGGUUAUGAGAGGUCUCGAGGAACACCGUCUGGAAUGGCCAGUUCUAGAGAAUAUGAUUCUAACAUCAGACAAGCUACAGUAAAAUGGGCCAUGUUAGAAUCUUUAAAAAAUCCUUCAGCUGCUUUUAAAGAUGUAUUAUUACGUCAUUUUUAUAUGAAACGUCAUGAAAUAUUAAACCAGUGUGAAAGAUGGAUCAGUGAAAUGGAGAGUUAUAGUAGUGAUAAACGUACUGGUCGAGCUAUAGCACACAGUACACUAGCUUUAAAGAGAUACUACAAUCAACUUAGAGAAGAAUUAUCCAAACUAAAACCUCCUCCAGAAUUAACCGAAUCAGACGAAGAAACCAGUUUGAUCGAUCCUCAAGCUAAACAUUAUUCAACGGACCAAUCACCAGCUUCAAAACCAGAUAGCCCUGGUGAUGAUCUAGCUGCUGCACCGUCAACCUCUAGUGAUGGUUUCCAAGGACAACAUAUGAUAAUGUUAUUAGACUCUAUGGAUUUAGAUGCAGAGUCCCCAGAAUGCUAGCACACGUUGUUAGUAGGCGUUAUCUUCAAUUAUUGUGAUCUAUGAGAGCCUCCUGUGUCGCGCGAGGACUCACGUUUUAUGAAAAUGUUACAGAGGUGAGAUGGUCGCGAGACAUAGUUAGUGGUUCUUCAGUGUGUAGAUCUAGUGUUUAAUGCCUGAUGUGUUUCCGAAUUGUCUUCAAGAAUCAAAUAUGGACACAAAAACUGACGACAAAUAAUUCGAGGAAGAUUUAUGAACAUCAAAAAAUUGACAGUUAUUGUCCUUCUGCAUGCAGGACAAUAUGAUUCAAAAUAUUAUAAUAAAACUGUCAGCCAUUAGAAAUAUAUUUUUAUUAAAUUCUUAGCCAUUAAAAUUGCUAGUUUUGAAGGUGAACAUGUCUAUAAUAUUUUGAUCGAACUUUUAGCCUUUAAAAAGUCUGACAGAUAAAAUAACAGAGAAGACAUAAAUGGGGUGCUUAAUUUGAACAAUUUUAAAAAAAAAAUGUCCAGAAUCCAAUUCUAUGAAUCCCGUGAAGAAUGGCCGUCGAUUCAACAAGAGGAGUUCAGAUCACAAUAUUCAGGCUAAUCAAAAAACUAGAUAUUUCAACCAAUCGUCACACCUAGCCAUUUUAAGUCGCGAUCUAUUCCUUAUUGGGAGUUGUGUUAUUCUGUCAAUUUGGAACAUUAUGGAAUGAUAAAAGAGCACCUGUCGUUAAAAUAGUAAUGGCGAAGUAUCAAUGCUGACUUGUGUCAGAUUAUAUCCUGCUGUUGUUAAAAUAAAUAUUUUAUUCAUGGUUUGUCAGUUUAUAUUGUACUGAGCAUCACAUGAUCUUAUAGACAUCGUUUCUUUUAAUUCAUGUCAAUUAAAAUAUUGAUGUAUCAAUACCAAAGAGAAAUAAGGUUUUACGAUACAAGCCUCGAGAUAUAAAUAGGGUUUUACAAUACUAGCCUCAAGAUAGAAAUAGGGUUUUACAAUACUAGCCUCAAGAUAGAAAUAGGGUUUUACAAUACUAGCCUCAAGAUAGAAAUAGGGUUUUACAAUACUAGCCUCAAGAUAGAAAUAGGGUUUUACAAUACUAGCCUCAAGAUAGAAAUAAGGUUUUACGAUACAAGCCUCGAGAUAGAAAUAGGGUUUUACAAUGCACGCCUCGAGAUAGAAAUAAGGUUUUACAAAAAUAAAGAUGUGGUCGGAUAUCUCCACUAAUCUGUUCAUCAUGCCCUCAUUAUAUUAGCUAAUUGAAGGCCUAGCUGCUUUAUUUAGCAGACGGACAAACCUAUUAUUUGUACGUUAGAGGCACACAUCUGACCCGACUGAAUUACAUAUAGUGUUCUCUCUUUAGUAUCAACUUAUUAUACCUGGUUAAUCUUUUUAAAACUUUAUGCCAUGAUUAUCCAGUUUUAUUUGUUCAUUUGUUCUAAUAGGUUAUAUUGACAGCAUGGUCAAAAACUGAUCAAUGUAACCUCUAUUUAAAUUGUGUCCUGUUGAUCUUGAUAAAACUUUUUUGCAAAGAUUAUCCAGUUUUAUUUGUUCUAAUAUAAAUAUAUAUAACUGUCCUGGUUAAUCUUGAUAAAAUUUUGUGUCCAGAUUAUCUAGUUUUGUUCUAUAGUUGUAUAUGUAAAUGAAGGUAUGCUAUGAUAACUGUACAUAUAUAUAGACUGUAAGUCGAUGUAGAUAUGAAAUAUGGACUCUUAUUAUAUAUACACAAGGUGGAGAUAACUCUUGUGCUUUUUAUUUUGUUGUGAAUCUUUUUUUUUUUUUGGUGUGAUUUUGAAUUUGAAAUUAGAUUAUUUAUUAUUAUUCGUAUAUUGUUAAUAAAUGUGUUUUUUCAAGUGAUGUAAUUUUGUCCCUCUUGUUCAAUUCCCCCUUCUCUUUAUUUUUUUUUUAAUUGAGCCAUGACAGAAACCCUAAGGAUUGGGGUCUGAAUUCAAUUCGUCAGAAUGUUAGCUUAAGUUAAAAGAUAUCCUUGGACUGAAAAAAAUUACGUGUUGAGAGCGUAUUCUCUUAGACUUCAGCUGGUGAAGAAAAUAUGUUGAUUAGCUACGAUUUGACUGCACAGUUACAACAAUUAGCAAGGGGUGGGGAAGGAGGUGGAUGGCCGAAUGGUUAGCACUAGGGCUGUCAUUGAGUCAGCUGGCGUGGUUUCAAUUCCCCGGUUGUACGUGACAAAGAUUAGGGUCGCCUGUCUAACCUCGUGGGUUUUCUCCGGGUCCUCCCACUGCUAAAGACACCUACGUGCAAGCGAAUUAUUGAUAUAAAAUUGAACCAUAUGUUAGUCCUGAAAUGACCUAGUUUGUGUGAGUGGACGUUAAACCCCAUCUCUCUCUGUCUCUCUCCCCAUUGUUACGAUGAUUGGCUAUGAAUCUAUGAAUUAAGCAGAUGUUUUAAAUUAGAUCGUAUCAGUAGUUGAGGAAGAUUUGUCACUCCGUUAACCAAGAUGUCAAUGGUUUAAGAAAUAAACCUGUACUGUUCCUUGGAAUGCCUCAAACUGUCUGAGAUAUGAGAAUACCUGUCCGUGGUAUUUGAGUCUGAUCCAUUUUUUUUUUUAACAUAUUCUUCACCUGCUGAUGUUAGAAAAGCACCCUGGUCUAUAUUCACAAAAACUUAAAUGUUCUAAGAAUGCAGCCCAUCAAUUGGACAGGAUUUUUAAUUUUUAACCAAUGAAAUGGUUGCAUCUUUAAUAUAUUUUAAAUAAAAUUUUAAUGAAUUCCAUCGUAAAAUGUGCCUGAAAGGGAUGUGGGAGAAAAAUGUAGGAAUGUCUUUAAACUUUACAAAUUUUGGCUUCUGGGAUCAACUUGGGCUUCGUCAUUUGAUAAAAUUUACAAGACAUGUACUUUAAAGGAAAACAUUUUGUAAUUUUUAAUCAAGCUUGCCGUUUAAUUUAUUUUAUUGAAUGUACGGUAUUAUUUGUAUUAUUGUAUGCGUUGUUUGGUAGAAUGUUUACGAUUGUAUAUAAAUCAGCAUGUUAUAUUAAUUAUUGUUUAAUACCUGUGCUCGUUAGUAAAGGACCAUCUCUAAACCCUCAUUUAUAAGGACUGCCCCCCCCCCCCCAACCCUUAUUUGUAAGGAUUCUGAUCUAACUCUCUCACACAAGGACUGUCUCCUAACCCUCGCAUUUGUGACGAGUACCCCUAAACCCUUAUUUAUAAGGACUGCCCCCCCCCCCCCCAACCUUCGUCUCCCAACCCUUGUUUGUAAAAACUACCUUCUAACCCUCUUUUUAGAGGGGGUGUAUCCCACAAAAUUAGGGAAGAGAUAAGCUCUCCACAGUUGGUUUACAUAUUGAUGAUUGCAGUUUGAUUGACAGCUGUCAAUAGCCUGGGGUGAAAUGUUAGCUCCGCCCCUUUUUCAUUAUAAUAAUGGCUACUAUAUAGCAUCCAUCCACCGUUUGUGGGGUGGGGGUUGGGGGUGCAGUAGUUUCGAGUACCUGGGUGCCGACGGGUUAAUUUUAAGUGGUCAAAUUUACCGUUCCCGUCUGUAGGUGGAGAACAGGGAACAAGAUAAAGUGCACAAACUGAAACCGUGUCCUCGAGAGCUCUCCGGUCUCCAUUAGCCCAGUCGGUGUUGGAUCCAAGGAGUGGAGUGGACAAACUGAUAGUUUAUAUAAUGCCAGAUGAAUCAUCGAUUAAAGAUGGCUCUCAGACCUCUGUCGUGAAUUAUCUUCCCCUUUCAUGCCAUAUUUGGAGAGAACCCUUUAACGCCAGGCAAACUAUUUAAGGUUCUUGAGAGAGAACUAUAUGAUUUGUACAACACCAGCAGGACUAUUUAAGAUGGUUCUCAAGUCACUACCAUGAAUUAUCUUCUCUUAGCCAUAUUCACCGAUUCCACGUCCCUUUAAACAAUUAUUCUUGACGAUAGUGGUUCAGCUAUUCAUUAAUCGUUCACCCGAGUAGCAGAUCGACGAUGUCAAGCUGCCAGUCGUGGGAUAUAUUAUAUUAAGUUAUUUAUAUGAAUUAAUAGAAGCGUUUAUUAGAUAUGUUUUAUUAUUUUGUGCGUGUUUCCAUGGCAAUGAAUGUUGUUGUUUAUAUAUAGAUAAUGUGUAUAAUAUGAACAGUGUAUGAUAUGUACAACAAGAUGCAAGAAUUUUUUUCUUUAAAAAGAAUAAAAUAAUUAUUAAUAAUC